UCAUCUCCUCAGCUUAUCCAAUGGCAAAUGGUUUACUUACUGCAAGAUCAAUAAUAAACAAAUGCACAUGGUCAUACUUGAUCAUACUUAGGAAUGACAGCAAUAACAGCUACACUUCAUUUAAAGACAGGAGAAAAGAAAGAAUUUUCUUACCCCUGCCUCAAUAAUGAAGAAAAUGUUUCUCUCACUGAAAUACAUAUAUCAUCUGUUAUCUUACAACAAAAACUUAACACUGUGUUAACAACUCUUAUAGAAGAAGAAAAAUCAAAGCUUUCCAAAUUAGGUGAAAAGUCUGCAGAUAAAGAUGAUGAAGAAAAUUAUGAUGAUGGUGAUGAUGAUGAUGAUGAAGAGAAUGGAUUAUCUCCUCCUGAUCAAAAGAGACAAAAAACAUGACAUGACAUAAACUGAAUUUUAAAUGUAAACCGUAGAAGAAAUUUAAGAUAUUACAAUUAAAUAUGUUGGACAAAAAAUGUAUAAUUUUUAAGUUUUUCAUUGUUGUAUCUUGACAUUCUAGCUAGUAAAAUUAACUUUACA